UCAAUAAUCAGGGUCCGAUCGCAAACAAUGUAAUAUCGCUAUAUAAAGUGACCGUACGCGAGAUAAAACGCGCUUUUAGUAGCAGAACCACCCGCGGUACCACUUCACCAACAAAUAAUUGAUCGGUACUUUUUUUUUGCCGAUUUUUGUGAUUAGUUUGUAGUAACAAUGGAGGCAGUUUUAAUGGAAGCCUCAUCUGUUGAACAACCGAAACAGGGUGUUAUUAUAAGUGAAUUAGUGACGAAAAAUGGCACUAAAAGUGAAAUUUCGGCUUUUAAUAUGGUACCAUCGAACGCUUUAGUGGAUAUUAAGUUUGAGAAUGUUACUUUUACUGCUACUGAAGGAAGUCUUUUGAGAACCAAAACCAAAAAACGAAUCCUUCACGAGGUCAAUGGCAGAUUUCCGUCAGGUCAAUUGAUCGCCAUUAUGGGCCCAUCGGGUGCAGGAAAAAGUACUUUGCUCAACGUUCUGAGUGGAUACAGCAUAAAAGGGGUUGGAGGCAAAGUCCUUAUAAACGGAAACCCAAGAAAACUGAAAGCGUUUAGAAGACUUUCCUGUUACAUUACGCAAGACGACAGGUUGCAACCGCUAUUGACUGUUGGCGAAAAUAUGCAAAUUGCUGCCGAUUUGAAAUUACCUUCCAGCACUGGCCAAAAACAGAAAACAGCAAUUAUCGACGAAAUCCUUUCGACUUUGGGCCUGAGUCAUACAAAAGACACGAAAACCAUGGGGUUAUCCGGAGGACAAAAAAAGCGACUUUCUAUAGCUUUGGAGUUGGUUAAUAACCCUUUGGUUAUGUUUCUAGAUGAACCUACUACUGGUUUGGACAGUUCCUCCUGCAAACAAUGCCUAGAACUAUUGAAAGUCCUGGCCAGACAAGGCAGAACCAUCGUCUGCACCAUCCAUCAACCAUCCGCAACGCUAUUCCAAAUGUUCGACCAAGUGUACGUGCUGGCAGGCGGCAAGUGUCUCUACCAAGGCGGCACAGAAAACAUGAUACCGUUUUUCGAAGACGUUCAGUUUCCUUGUCCCAAGUUUCACAAUCCUGCAGAUUAUGUAAUCGAAUUGGCAUGUGGAGAAUACGGCACAGAUAAAAUCGACAAAAUGGUCGAAACGUCUCAGAACGGCGACAGCCUAAAGUAUUUCCAAGAUUCAGAAAAAAUCCUAAAAACUGGAUUUACCGACAGUGCAAUCUUUGAAGACGACAGCGGAAACUUGCAAGCCACAUCAAAACUUAAUCAAUUGAAAGUGCUACUAAGACGAUGCUACAUUAAAGCUAAAAGGGACCAGACUUUGACUUAUAUGAGGAUAAUUGUCAACGUUCUUACAUCCCUGAUGCUGGGAAUUUUGUACUACAAUGCUGGAACUGAUGGGUCUAAAGUUCUUAAUAAUUACAAUUUACUUUUUUCCAUUUUGAUGCACCACACAUUUUCUACGAUGAUGUUAACCAUUUUGACAUUUCCAACGGAAAUGAGCAUAUUGAUUAAGGAACACUUCAAUAGAUGGUAUUCCUUGAAAAUGUAUUAUGCAUCUGUGACCCUUAUAGACAUACCUAUAUCCGUCUUAUGUUGUUCCCUGUUCACAUCAAUAAUCUACUACAUGACAGCUCAGCCGUUUGAAAUCAACAGAUUCACCAUGUUCUUUGUAAGCAGCCUAUUAGUGGUUUUUGUAGCGCAAAGUUUUGGGCUAAUGAUCGGAGCUUACUUUAACGUUGUGGACGGAACAUUUCUGGGUCCAACUCUAACAGUUCCUAUGAUGAUGUUUGCCGGUUUCGGCGUCAGCAUCAAAGACUUACCAGUUUACCUGCGCUGGGGUAGCUACAUAUCUUACCUGAGGUUUGCUUUGGAAGGCAUUGUCGGUGCUAUUUACGGUUUGGACAGGGAGGUGUUAAAGUGUCCUGAAAAUGAAAUUAUUUGCUAUUAUAAGUACCCAGCCAAACUGUUGGCAGAUGUGGCAGUGAAAACUGACCAGUUCAGUAAUGACGUGAUUGCUCUAGUCUUAUUCUGGUUUGUCUUUAGGACUUUAUCGUUUGUCGUUUUGAAAUACAAACUUCAUUCUGUGAGAUAAUUUUAAUGCCAUGAUUCUUACAAUCAAUAUCAAUGCAAUAUUAUUUUAUUAUUUACAUUACGCAUUUUAGUUUUUACUGGCUGUGUUCAAAUAUUGCCGUCUUAUUUAUUUUAUUUUAUUUGGAUUUAAGUAGGUUUAGGGUAGAUAGAUAGAGUCCAUGCCUUAUAUCUAGUUCUGAUAACAUUGUACUAUUUAUUGUACGCCUCUAGUAUAUUUGUACCAAAGCUUAGAAUAAAGUAAUCUAUUAAAAACUGCUUUGAUUUUUUUUUUUUGAAAUCCUCUAUACG